GCGAGCGAGCGACGUUGUCCCUGCCUCCCCCCCCUCCCCCCGAUCCCCACGCUUUGCUUUUGUGACUUUUUGAGAAAACCGAGGAACUUUUCGCCCAUGUCACCGUCACACCUGAAGCCAGGACACUCAGCGGGCCGCAGCAAAGAUCUUUGCCUUCUCUACGGAUUAAUUUAACCACACCGGGAUUGGAUAGCCUGGUUAUGGAUUUUAACCUCCUGACGGACAGUGACGCCCGCAGCCCGGCGCUGUCGCUCUCCGACUCCGGAACCCCGCAGCACGACCAGGGAUGCAAGGGCCAGGAGAGCAGCGACACAGAGAAAUCCCACCAGAACCAGCUGGAUGAAUCCAGUACUGACGAUGGCUCACUGAAGAAGAAGCAGCGGCGGCAGAGAACUCAUUUCACCAGCCAGCAGCUCCAGGAGCUGGAGGCCACGUUUCAGAGGAACCGCUACCCUGACAUGAGCACCAGGGAGGAGAUCGCAGUGUGGACCAAUCUCACAGAGGCACGGGUCAGGGUAUGGUUCAAGAACCGGCGUGCCAAGUGGAGAAAGCGGGAGAGGAACCAACAGGCCGAAUUGUGCAAGAAUGGCUUUGGUGCCCAGUUUAACGGACUCAUGCAACCCUAUGAUGAUAUGUACACGGGUUACUCAUACAACAACUGGGCCACCAAGAGUUUAGCAAGCAGCCAACUCUCCGCCAAGAGCUUCCCAUUCUUUAACUCGAUGAAUGUAAGCCCCCUGUCAUCCCAGCCCAUGUUCUCUCCCCCGAGCUCCAUCCCCUCUAUGAACAUGGCCUCAACCAUGGUGCCCUCGGCGGUGGCUGGAGUUCCUGGCACAGGCCUCAACAACUUGGGAAACCUUAACAAUCUCAAUAGCCCCACAGCACUCAACUCAGCAGCAGCCACUUGCCCAUAUGCCAGCACAGCCAGCCCAUAUAUGUACAGAGACACCUGUAACUCCAGUCUGGCCAGUCUGCGACUUAAGGCCAAGCAGCACACCAACUUCGCUUAUCCCACUGUGCAGAAUCCCGUGUCUAACCUGAGCCCCUGCCAGUAUGCUGUCGACCGGCCAGUAUGAAAAGGUAUCGCCACUCUGAGGUCUCUAUUGGCCCACUUCAUAUCGCUUCAGUUCCAUCUCGAAACUGCCAGAUGCAUUGAGACGGACUGACUAAAUCCAACGGAGCGUACGAUUUCUCCAAACUGAUACAAGAAAGGGACAUGCCCGUAAUGGACCACCCUGGUGCAAAGCAAAACUCACUUUGUAAGACUUUGCCAACUGACCAACUGCAAGCAUUUCUAAAAAAAAAAAAAAAAAAAAAAAAAAAAAAAAAAAAAUCCUCUCAAAAAAUGUCAUUUUCUAAAUUGCAUGAUUAGAGUAAAUUUAGUAGCCAAGGGGGAAUGAGACAGGAAGGUUUCAACUGGACUCAUGAUCAACAUCUUGUAAAUGCUACUAUUGCAGGAAAAGGAAACUGUGGUUUUAAUGUUGGAAAAAUCUCGGCUGUAUAUAACAGACUCUUUUCAGUUUUGUAUGUGACAAAAUAGUAUAUGAAAAAAAAUAGGGCUUGAAGAAUGAGAAAAGCAAUUCCAGGGAUUUUGGACACACAGACAUCCUUUGGGGAAAUUAAUACUUCUGUUGUGAAUUCCGUUUCCCCUGGGAAGGUCACAGGUCAAAGGCCAAUUUAGACAAGCAAGAGGAGGGCAGUACUGGAUUACAAAAAUAUUCAGUUUGAUGCAACAAAUAAGAAUAUCAUCAACCUUUUUACCAUGAAAAAGCCAUUGAUUAUAUUGAUUUGUGUGGUGUUAUACAAAGGGAGUCUGUGACAGUAAACUAUAU